AAAUUUAUUUCAUUUCAUUUUAUUGGAAAGACAAAAAGCGUUGCGUCUCUUUGCAGUCUCUAUCUGCAUCUCGUUGUUUUCACAGAGCUGAACUGAGCUGAAGCAGCAGCAAAAAAAGAAAAGCUUUUGAGAGAAGCAAACCUUUUAAUGCUAUUACUUUUCUCAAAUCUCAAAACUCCACCUUUUAACUUCUCUAAGUUGAUCUCCUCUUUCUCUCUCGCUCUCAGUCUCACACGCGCAUCUCUUCACUUAUUAUUACUCUCAUCGAGCUGCUUUUGUAGCUGGUGAAUAUCGAUGAUGUUUACUGAAGGACUCGACACCAAUGCACUUCGCUGGGUUCGGGAGAACCAGAAACAACAAUCUCCUCUCUCACAUUCCACAUUAAGGACAACGACAAGAAUCGAUUCGAUCACAAAUCUCCGAAAUAAUCGCGGAGGAGGAUUCGACUUACCUCCGCCUUCCAAAUUCCGUAGCGGACACCUUCCGCCGACGGCAAUUCUUCCAGUCUCUAGAACAGACGAUGAUAGUCGGUCCGUUUCCGCCACUGAAUCAGACGAAGACGAUGUUUACGGCAGCCGAGGACGCUAUUCUCAUGAUUCGUCGCCUCAAGAUGAUAGAAUCCCUAAUUCAACUACUAUUGGUCAAAGAGGCAGGCGUUAUGUUAGUGAUUAUGUGUAUUCUGAUGUUAGUUCGUCUAUGGAGACGGUUGCCGCCGGGAGAGGUGGAAGUAAUUUGGCGGAGAGGUUUGUUAGAAGGAAUGCUGCUUAUACGGAGGAUGAUGAUGAUGAAGAUGACGAAGAGUCAGAUUCGGUAGCUAGUUCGGAGUUUUCUACUACGCAAGGUGCAAGUGUUAGUGGUGCUUUGCCAAGGGCUAGGAGUAGUAGACUGCGUGUUUCUCAAGGAUACGCUUCCAGUGUGUCUUCGCUGGCUAAUGAUGCUGAAACCAUUUCAAGAAAGAAUUUGCAUUCCAGAAACAUCCAAAAUGACAAAUUUUCACACGAUGAUGAUGUUCCCAGUGCACCUCCAUUUUGUGGCUCUGGCCAGGAAAUCAAAGAAAGUAUUGAACUAGCAUGUGGAGUGCAUAAAACCACAUGCAUUGCAGAUUCAUGUGGUUUGUCAACCAGUAAUGAGCCAAAUAAAAGUAAACCUAUGUCUGGAGUUGAACCAAAGGAUAUUCCUGGAAAAGAGACAUUUGUAAGAACAACUACUCGUGCAGAAGCUGCUGUGUCUUCUGGUCCAAACCCAGCUAAGCUUCCAACCUUUCAUGCAAGUGCACUAGGGCCAUGGCAUGCUGUGAUUGCAUAUGAUGGAUGUGUGCGGCUUUGCCUUCAUGCUUGGGCAAGGGGAUGCAUGGAAGCUCCCAUGUUCUUGGAAAAUGAAUGUGCUUUACUACGGGAUGCAUUUUGUGUGCAGAAUGUUUUAUUGCAGUCAGAGGAGGAACUAAUGGCAAAGCGCUCUUCUGAGCUUAUUACUGAGGGAGCUGCUCCAAAACCAAAGAAAAUUGUUGGGAAGCUGAAGGUGCAAGUGCGUAAAGUUAAAACAGUUCUUGACCCUCCUACUGGCUGUAGUAUGUCAUCCCUUACUCUUCGGGCACCAAAGCUAAAACUUGAAACUGUUCGAUAUCGGUUCUCCAAGUUCCACUCGACAAUUUGUACUGCUUGGCAGGCUUUUCGAAAAAUUCGUGUUGCACCUCGUGUGCCUGCAAAUGGUUCUUUAUCCCGCCAAAGCUUGGCAUAUGUGCAUGCCAGCACUCAGUAUAUUAAACAAGUGUCUGGACUUCUCAAGACUGGUGUAAUUAGUCUGCGCAACAGUUCAUCAUCAUAUGAAGUUGUGCAAGAAACAUACUCUUGUUUGUUAAGACUGAAAAGUUCAGCGGAAGAAGAUGCCAUCCGGAUGCAGCCUGGAUCUGGUGAUACCCAUGUGUUCUUUCCAGAUAGUCUAGGGGAUGAUCUAAUUGUUGAAGUCCAUGACUCCAAGGGGAAUAGUUAUGGCCGAGUCCUUGCUCAAGUUGCAACUAUUGCGGAAGACCCGGUUGAUAAGCUGCGUUGGUGGUCUAUAUAUCAAGAGCCAGAACAUGAGCUUGUGGGAAAGCUACAACUUUACAUUAUUUACUCUACAAGUGCAGAUGAUAGCAAUCUCAAGUGUGGCUCUGUGGCAGAAACAGUUGCAUAUGACCUUGUUCUAGAAGUUGCUAUGAAGGUUCAACAUUUUCAACAGAGGAAUUUAUUACUCUAUGGUUCGUGGAAAUGGCUCCUUACUGAAUUUGCCACAUACUAUGGGGUUUCUGAUGUCUAUACCAAGCUGAGGUAUCUUUCCUAUGUAAUGGAUGUAGCUACACCUACAGCUGACUGCCUGACACUGGUGUAUGAUUUGCUUAUGCCUGUUGUUAUGAAGGGGCACAGCAAGAGCAUGUUGAGUCAUCAAGAGAACCGACUUUUGGGAGAAAUCAAAGAUCAGAUUGAACAGAUUCUUGCUUUAGUAUUCGAGAACUAUAAGUCUCUUGAUGAAUCAGCAUUUUCCGGUAUUAUGGAUGUUUUCAAGCCUGCAACUGGGCUUGCAGCACCUGCAUUGGAACCUGCUGUGAAGCUAUAUACUCUUCUCCAUGACAUAUUGUCUCCAGAGGCACAAACAAAUCUAACCCACUAUUUCCAGGCUGCUGCCAAGAAAAGAUCACGAAGACACUUAACCGAGACAGAUGAAUAUGUUACCAACAACACUGAAGCUACUUUGAUGGAUUCUGUUGCAAUAUCCACAGCGUACCAGAAGAUGACUUCCCUUUGUUUGAACCUUAAAAAUGAAAUUUGUACUGAUAUUGAAAUCCACAAUCGACAUAUACUUCCCAGUUUCAUAGACCUUCCAAGUUUAUCUUCAUCCAUAUACAGCACAGAGCUUUGUAAUAGAUUGCGGGCUUUCCUGCUUGCAUGUCCUCCAUCUGGUCCUUCACCUCAUGUAGCAGAACUGGUUAUUGCCACAGCUGAUUUUCAAAGGGACCUCGCUGGCUGGAGCAUCAGUCCUGUAAAAGGAGGAGUUGAUGCAAAGGAGUUGUUCCAUUUAUAUAUCAUGCUAUGGAUUCAAGACAAGCGCCUUUCUUUGCUUGAGUCAUGCAAACUGGACAAGGUAAAAUGGUCAGGAGUCAGGACACAACACUCUACAACUCCUUUUGUCGACGAGAUGUAUGAACGGAUCAGAGAGACUCUGGAAAACUAUGAAGUCAUCAUUUGCCGAUGGCCAGAAUACAUUUUUGUGCUAGAAAAUGCCAUUGCUGAUGUUGAGAAGGCUGUGGUAGAAGCUUUGGACAAACAAUAUGCAGAUGUUCUAGCACCAUUGAAGGAGAAUCUGACACCUAAGAAAUUUGGAUUCAAGUAUGUCAAGAAGCUUACUCAGCGAUCUGUAUGUUCAUAUACAGUUCCUGAUGAGCUUGGGAUUCUGUUGAAUUCCAUGAAGAGGAUGCUUGAUGUGCUGCGUCCCAAGAUAGAAACUCAGUUCAAGGCUUGGGGUUCUUGCAUACCUGAUGGUGGAAACACGGCUCCUGGAGAGCGCCUCAGUGAGGUGACUGUGAUGCUGAGAGCCAAGUUUAGAAGUUAUGUGCAAGCGGUGGUCGAAAAACUAGCAGAGAAUACCAAGUUGCAGAAUACUACAAAAUUGAAAAAGAUUCUCCAAGAAUCAAAGGAAUCUGUGGUAGAAUCUGAUAUAAGAAGUAGAAUGCAGCCACUUAAAGAUCAGCUGGCAAAUACAAUCAAUCACCUUCAAUCAGUUUUUGAGACUCAUGUCUUCAUUGCACUAUGUCGAGGCUAUUGGGACCGAAUGGGGCAGGAUGUUCUUAAUUUCUUAGAGAACAGAAAAGAAAAUAGGUCCUGGUACAAAGGAUCACGAAUAGCAGUUUCUGUUCUGGAUGAUACCUUUGCCUCACAAAUGCAGCAGCUGCUUGGAAAUGCACUACUAGACAAAGAUAUUGAGCCACCUAGAUCAAUCAUGGAAGUCCGUUCAAUGCUCUGUAAGGAUGCUCCUAAUCACAAGGGCAAUAGCUUCUACUUUUGAAAAUGGUUGUGUUUGUGUGGUUCAAGGACAUGUUAACCUGGAUUAUAGAAACCAUGAGCUUGGAAUUUGGUACUCCGUGAAGUGGGAGCUUGAAAGGAGGAUUAUGCAUCAGUUGUGCGAAAUUCAAGAAGCUGCUGGUGCAGCCAGUUUUGACAGUGAGCAAGCCACUCGAUUGCUUUGGAUCCACCCUCCUCAAUGGAGCUGCUUUUGUAGAUUUUGGUAUAGAAUACAGGCACUGGAAAAUUGAUUUAUAUAUAUAUAUAUUCUUUUAUCUUGUAAUCUCCACAUAUAUAUAUAUACACACAAACAGCUUCCUUUUCUUUUCUUUA